AUGGGAAAUAUUCUAUAAGAAAAAGAAAAAAUGGUUGAACAUAAUAAAGAAUUGAAUUUGGAAGAUCUUAUUAACUCUUAGCUAAAAUCUGAAAAUGAAAUAACACUUUAUACUUACUGUAAUAAAAUUGGUAGUGAUGGUUCUAAAAUUCUAGCUGAGGCUUUGAUGUCUAAAAAUAAUAUUUCUACCUUAAAGCUCUUCCUUAUGAAUAGUAAUAUUGGCAAUACUGGUUUAAUAAGUUUAGCUUAUGCUUUGGUAAAAUGCACUAAUCUUUCAAAUUUGACUAUUGACAUUUCAUUUAACUCAAUUGGAAUUUUAGGUGUGUCUGAAUUAGCUCAAAAAUUACCAGAUUGCUAAAAUAUCACAACAUUGAGAAUAAAUAUUGAUGGAAAUUCAAUAUAAAAUGAAGGAGUGUUAGCUUUAGGUUAGGGUAUAGUAAAGUGUAAAUUUUUAUCAUAUUUGGCAUUAGGUAUAAGAGAUUGUUUAAUUCUGCCAUCAGGUCUUAUAAAUUUUAGUAUUGCUCUUAAUAAUUGCCCUAAGCUCUCUCAAAUAAAAAUAUUAUAUUUUAGUCCAAGCUAAUAAUACUUUGUAAGUUUUCGCCAAAAAUUUAUUAAAAUAAAGAGAGUAGUUGAAUGCUAUGUUAAUUGA